ACCUACCACGGUUCUUACAAAACAUAAACUUUUGGUUACAUCUUAAAUGUAUAGUAUAACCUCCUUGCAUGACGCAUCAACAUUUAAACAUAUUUAAUUUGCACUGUUCGUAGUCGAACGAUGCCUCAGUAAGUUUUUUUUCACGCAAUUUGUAUAAUAAUUCAAAUUAAAUAAUGAGCAUAAAUACGAAUGAUGACAGUCAACACAGCAGUUGUAGUGAACCAUUAACUCCACCACACAUGGUUGAAACGGCAAACGCCGUUUCACUAAAUCUAUUGCCUGAAAAAUCAAAAGAAAGAUAUAUAUUGGCUUAUGAAAAAAUUUUAAAAUGGAAAAAAAAAAAAUAAAACCAAAUCGUGGUCAGAAAAUGUGUUGCUUACAUAUUUUAGUAAUUUAUCUAAAGAAAUUAAACCGUCAACUCUAUUGUCUGUUUAUUCAAUGCUUAAAACCACUAUAAAUAUGAAACAUAAUAUAAACAUUGGUACUUAUCCAAAAUUACAAGCUUUUUUAAAGAGAAAAUCGACUGGAUUUAAAAGUAAAAAGUCCAAAGUUUUGACUUCAACCGAUAUAAAAAAAUUCAUAGACGAAGCUCCUAAUAUUCAAUACUUAGUAACUAAAGUAGUAUUGAUUUUUGGGAUAACUGGCGCAUGUAGAAGAGAAGAACUUAGUAAUAUUACUAUAAAUGAUAUACAAGAUUUUGGUUCAAUGUUACAUAUUAAACUUCCUUACACAAAAACAAAUUGUUCACGGUCUUUUACUAUUGAAGGAGAGUUUUAUGAUAUUUUUAAGAAAUACAUAGAUUUAAGACCCGCAAAUGUACAGUCAGAUAGAUUUUUUUUAAAUUAUAAAAACGGUAAAUGCACCAAGCAGGUUAUUGGAAAAAAUAAAAUUGGAAAUAUGCCCAAAGAAAUUGCAAAUUAUUUAAAUUUACCAGAUCCCCAAGCUUAUACAGGUCAUUCUUUCCGCCGAACUUCAGCAACAUUACUUGCCGAUUCUGGAGGUGAUAUUACAACGCUCAAACGCCAUGGUGGUUGGAAAUCCAGUCAAAUUGCCGAAGGUUAUAUAGAAGAUUCAAUAAACAACAAAAAAAUAGUAUAUUGUGUGGCAAGGGCGGGAAAAAAGAAACAAGUGUCAGCGGAAAUAUUUUCAAUAUAAGUAAUUGUUCUAAUUGGACAUUAAAUAUAAAUAAAAAAUAA